CUGCGGCUGCGGGCGGGGCGGGGCGGGGCCGGACAAGUUUGUUUCCCAAGUUCGGAGCCCAGGAGCCGCCGCGGCUGUCGCGCAGGUGCCCUCCGUCUUGGUCGCGAUGGAGCUGCCCGCGGUGAACUUGAAGGCCAUCCUCCUGGUUCACUGGCUGCUGACGACCUGGGGCUGCAUCGUGUUUCAGGGCUCCUAUGCCUGGGCCAACUUCACCAUCCUGGCCUUAGGCGUGUGGGCCGUGGCUCAGCGGGACUCCGUCGACGCCAUAAGUAUGUUUCUCGGUGGCUUGGUGGCCACCGUCUUCCUGGACAUCGUCCACAUCAGCAUCUUCUACCCUACGGCUGGUCUCACGGACACGGGGCGCUUUGGCGCUGGCAUGGCCAUCCUCAGCCUGCUCCUCAAGCCGUUCUCCUGCUGCCUCGUCUACCACAUGUACCGGGAGCGUGGGGGUGAGCUCCUGUCGCACACUGGUUUCCUCAGACCUUCACAGGAGCGCAGCGCCUACCAGACGAUUGACUCACCAGAGGCACCCACGGAGCCCUUUGCCAGCCUGGAGGGCAGAGGUCACGCCUCCCAAGGGUACUGAAGGCAGCCCCGCUUGCCCCUGCCCCAAGCCCAGGGGCCAGUGUGACAAACUAUGGGUGAGGCCUGGGCUGCAUCGCCUUCCUUGUGCCUUGGAUGGUAUUCCAGGGGUGCUCCUGACCCCCGUUUCCUGGACCUGCAUGGAAUGUGCUGUCCUGUUCCCCAUCUCAGGUGUUGCCUGAAUCAAGUGCCCUGAGGGGCCAGGAGGCCCUGUGCAUACCGUCCCCAGCUCCCCCAGGCCUCCCCGCCCUUCCAGGUACCCCACCAGUUCCAGGCUGGGAACCCCGCUCGCUCUCCUCACCUCCACCCUUAGCUGCUCCGUGCAGGCCCCAGCUGAGCCAACAGAGCCUGUAGCCCUCAGCGAUGCCUGCUGCCCAGGCUUCCCUCACAGUGUCAAGCCUUCCCACAGAAGCUCCGAGAGCUUCGGGUCAUGCUCAGCCCUGCGAGCAGUCAGCAUGGGGGUGAGGUCCCCGUGCUUCUCACUGCCUGGCCACUUGGUACGUGGGGAGCCUGCGGCUGGAGGCAGGAGGAAUCUGUGGCACCUGAGACCACCACGGCCUCCAGCUGCCCCUCUCAGAGCCGUGACAUUAAAGUGUGGGGGAUUCUGCA